CAAGAAAGCUAUAAGGGCGCGUUUCAAAGUAGUAGGGUUUAACUUUGCAUCAUUGACCGAAUACAGUGAAGACUAUAAUUCGUAAAAUUCGACCUAGUUGAUCAAUACAGAUGGAUCUGAUUUGUGAUGUACUACGCAUAAAAUUAAGAGGAAAUCAACAUCGCCUUCUGUAUUUUGAUAAAGAGUUGAAGUAUUUACAGGACCUUAUCACAUCCACGGUUUCAAAAGGUGAAAGUAGCUCUAUAUUGAUAAUUGGUAGAAGAGGUGUUGGUAAACAUCAUCUAAUCAAAGAAGCAAUAAAGAAAGCAAAAGAAAACUCGAAUAUUGGCUCUGGGAUUUCUGAAGUUUACUUAAACGGUUUAAUUCAUACAGACGACCGUUCUGCUAUGAAAUCACUAGCUAAACAACUACAUAAUGAAGCCCUAUUAAAUAAUCUAGUCCAAUCAGACUGUAAUCCAACUUCUGAUUUUCACAACAGUAUGAAAAAUUUGCCUUUUUCUCAACAGCUCAAUUUAUUCUUAAAUGAGGUUCGUCAAAAUCAUGGAACUCGAAAAGCUGUUCUAAUUGUCCUGAGUGAAUUUGAUCUUUUUGCUUUACAUCAUAAUCAGUUGUUGUUGUACAAUUUAUUCGAUUGUUGUCAAUCUCCUGAAUCUCGUAUUUGUAUCAUUGGACUAACAUGCCGUUUAGAUGUUAUGGAAUUAUUAGAAAAACGAGUUAAAUCAAGAUUCUCGCACCGUCAAAUUUAUCUUACAUCACCUGGAGCACCAAUUGAGAAUACUGAUUCUUAUGCAUCUGACAACAACGACAGUAACAAUAAUUCAAGAUCUGAACCAUUUAAACGAUUUUGUGAAAUUUGUAAACAUUUAUUAAGUGUUGAUAUUCAUGAUCUACCACCACAAUUAUCACCAUUAUUGUGUAAAUCCAACUCUAAAGAGUAUCAUGAAUUAGAGUUGUCAAUUAAAUCAUGGAAUCAUCAUAUUACAAAAUUAAUGGUUGAUGAAAUUGUGAUUGAUUCGUUAAGACAAGCAUGGUCUAUUUCAGUGAGCAUUAAACGUUUGGUCAAUUUGUUGAUUCCAAUAGUUGCUUCGCUUGGACCUGAACACGAUCGUAUUGAACCAGUGCAAUUUAUAGAAUCUUUAUGUACAUUACAACAAGAUUCAAAGCUCACUGCACUGAAGGGUGAGUGUCCCAAAAAUUUUGUUUAUUUCUAUUGAAACAACAAAUAUGAUUGUCUAGUAUCAAAAAUAGCUUGGUUAUCAUUAGUAUAACAUUGCUACAGUCAAGUUUUCAGGGAAUAUGUUUUCCCCCAUUUAUACAGUAGCUAAGAUUUCAAAAAUACCAAAUUAUAUGUAGUGGGGAUGAGAAUUUAUGAAUGAAUCAAAUUCUGCUUAUUGAUUCGCCCCAAAAAAUUGUAUCACUGAUUUUUUUAUUGACCAACGCAGUAGUUAUCGUGAUUCGUAAAGUUAUGUGAAUUCUUUGUUCUGUAAUAAGUUACUUCAUUUUACUUGCUACUCCGUUUAUUGUUGUUCGAUUACAGUGUGAAGUAGUUCAGUUAUCUACCAAAAAUGGGAAGUGAUACAUUUGAAUAGUUUUAUUGAGCUCUCAAUUUUGGGGGAUCACACUAUCGUGACCCAUGUUUGUAUUUUAUUGACUUAAAUGUUUUGCUAAAUCAAAAAUUUAAGGUCAGUAUUUAUUUAUUGUGCACUGCUUUUUUUGCUGACAUUUUUUUGUUAAUGAAGUAUUAUCCAUCAAGAAACAAUAAAGCUACCUUGAUAUUCUGGUUAAUAUUGGGGUGAUUCUGUGGUGGAAUAAUAGAUUUUAUAUAUUGGGGCAACUAAGGCGACGUAAUUGAAUGUUUAAUCACGAAACAGCGAAAGAGAAAUCCCAACCAAACUUUUCAAAAUGUCAAACAGCUGAUUAUUGAGCUUCGUGUUCCAAAUAUUAUUUACUUGUUAUUCAUACUGUAAACAAUUAUGCCAACUUUUAUGCUCAUAAAUUAAAGAUGAAAUGGCAUGAUAAAAGCAUUCGUUUUUAUCGUUAUCUCUAAUCUUCAAAUGGCAGGUGUCGGUUUACAACUAGUGCAUCACUGGUUCCAAAUUUUCUUUAUCAAAUAAAGACUGAGCAGUCAAACAUCACAGUUAGCCUUCAUAGUGUAUCUUUACAACAAACUUGUAGAUGCAAAUAUCUACAUGGUUGUUGAGUUGAAUUAUAUUUCCUUGGAAUCAAGAUUUUAUUAAAAACCUUGCAUUUGCAUAGAAACACGUUAUUUACUUUUAUUCGUGUUCAAUAGGUUGUUCCGUAUUAGAGCUAUUUUUAAUUACUGCCAUGGUCAAGCUUCAAGAUAUGAAUGAUGGAAAACCGGUUAACUUUGAGAGUUUGUAUUCUGAAUACUUAAAGUUUUGUCGUUCCAAUUGUCCUGGUCAUUUAUACGAUAAACCGGUUGUUAUGAAAGCAUUAGACAAUCUAAUUGACUUUGAACUGAUUAUAUCUGGUAAAGCUGCAAUCACUGCAUCCACUGGUCUAUCGACCACUGGAUCCAACAAUAAGGCCAUUUGGAGUUCAUCAUCUACUUUACCAAAUUAUCGUCCAUUAUUUUGUUAUGUAGACAGCGAUAUUCUCACCGCUUGUUUAGAUACUUAUCCGAAUUGUCCAGUUGAAUUGCGAUAUUGGAUACAUUCAAGGACGUUUUGAUUCAUUUUUGUUAUUUUCCACGUCUUUUUUCCGAAUAAUGUUUACAUUACAUUAGAGUGUAAUAUUAUGUGCAAUUGUACAAAAUCCAUUCAACAGUGUUUGUUUAUUUCUAUUCAAUUGUAAAUCUUCUGUGAAUAAAACCAUCAAAAAGUUUUGAUUAUAAA